CACCACCCAAAACAACUCACAAAAUUAAUGAAGUUCCUAUAUAGUGUAAUAUAGAAGCUAAAAAAAAGAGAGAAAAUGAGUGAAGGAACAUCAACCUCAAAAACAAGUAACAACAAAAGUGCAAGUAACAUGACAAGAAAGACAUUCUCAGGAGUUGGAAACCUCGUUAAGCUUCUUCCCACAGGCACUGUUUUCUUGUUCCAAUUUCUAAGUCCAGUCUUAACAAACAAUGGACACUGCAACACCGUCAACAAAUACAUAAGCGCCAUUUUCCUCGUCAUUUGUGGCUUCAACUGCGCUUUUACUUCCUUCACCGAUAGCUACACCGGAAGUGAUGGCCAGAGACACUACAGCAUUGUUACUACAAAAGGUCUCUGGCCAUCUCCGGCGUCAGAAUCGGUUGAUUUGUCGGCAUAUAAGCUUAGAUUUGGAGACUUUGUGCACGCUUUCUUGUCGUUGAUCGUGUUCGCGGUGUUGGGACUACUUGAUACUAAUAUUGUGCUUUGUUUCUACCCGGAAUUCGAGUCGUCGGAGAAGAUUCUCAUGCAGGUGUUGCCACCGGUUAUUGGGGUGGUUUCUAGUACAGUGUUCAUGAUUUUUCCAAGUAAUCGACAUGGAAUUGGUUACCCUAUUAGUUCUGAUGCUAAUGACACCUCUCAAAAGUCUACAUAACACCCCUUAAAAAAAUAAAAUUAGCAAAAGAAAUUAAGAGAUGAAAAAUGAAAAAUUUCUCUUUAAAUUCGUCAUUAAAUUUUGUGACGAAUAAAUUAAAGAGAAAUUUUUUUUUAUUACUCAUUUCUGUUGCUAAUUUUAUUUAAUAAUGAUAAUGGAGAUAUACAACUGCGGUUAUUUGGUCUAUGUUGUUUUGAUUGGAUUUGUUAAUUUGUCAAUUCUAUGACAAUGUUUAUUUGUUUGGGUUGCGUGUGUAUUGUUAAACAUCAAGGUAUCCAUUUAUAAUUAAAUGUGAUGAGUCAGUCAAAAUAACUAGUCAAUGAGUUACAAGUUACAACAAUGAAUCAAUGUGUCACUUGUAAAUAAAUCAGUGGGUGAAUUAACUAACGAGUCAUUACUUCUGAAAAACUGUAUGUAACUAGAUAUUAAAUUUGGAAUGGUAGAAGAUAUUAUUAAUUGUGGA